AGAGUAGUUUUGCAAGUUGAUAUUCUACCAAGUACUGUAUUUGUAUACUCUACAGAAGUGAAGUGUAUUGUGCCGGUCUGUAAGAAAUGACAGACAGAUUUUAACGAAAUUUUCAACAGCUCAAGAUCGUGAUUCCUUAGAAUGCAUUGUUCAAGGAGAGUCCAAUCUACAGCCACAUUCGCUGUUCGUAUACUGGCAAAAUGUGCGUUUAUUUCCAACUGAACUCCACAAUUUGAUACAUAAUAUGAAGACUUGUUAAAGAAAAUAACUCGCAACUAGUUGAGGUAACAGAUUUUGUUCGAAGCAAUCUUGAAAUCAAAACUGACAGAGAACAUAGUGGAAUGAAUUUUAUGAGCACAAUGGAAUCUCUCAAGUAGUUGACUGAUAACUUGAAUUUGAAUUUUCAAGGGCUUACGGCUCGAUAGCCGGUUUAUUGAUAUGAUAAUCGAUUUACAACACCUAUAGAAACAUUAAACUAUAGUAGUUGUGAGCUGAUCGGAACAGUGUGACAUAUCCGAGCGUGCUUUCAUUUGAAACGCGUUUGUUUUCUAAUAGAAUUCUAGUGAAAUAAUAAUAAUUCACAAUCAUGUUGAUCGUGGAGUAAACCAAAAAUCGUCGAUACAAACGCCCUUUACAAUAUUAUUGAGGGUGACUAUUUUAAGUCUGAAAGUUUUUUUGACUAUUAAGUGACCUAGUGAGAGAUAACUAUUCAACGCAAACCAACUUUACAAAUAUUCCAUAUUUAUGCUCUCCUGGUUCGUUCAAUAGUCAACUAGUGAGAACAUAUAAUAAUCAAAAUUUUCAUACAAUAGAAAAGGAACGCGUAAUCGAAGAAGCAGGGUGAAUUUGUGAGGACUAACUUUACAAAGAUAAGCAACCCCUUAUACAGAAAAUAUUUCUAGGCUUCUGCUCUCUAGGUUCGUGCAAUAUCUGUUAUAAAAUGGAGAACUAGUCAGAACUCAAAGCAUUAGAAAUUGAAAGAAUACAACGAAUGCACGAAUUUGUACAAGAAAAGGUCAACGAAAUUGUGGUAACAUGAUGAACUAGUGAGAAAACGUAGUCUUCAAAGAUCAAGAUUGUAGUCUUCAAGUUCGUAAUCAACAGUUCGCUUUCAGAAGGACAACCGAUUUCGCGUGCAAUGGUGAACUAGUGGGAUAAUAGCAGAAUUUGAAAGCGAGCAGCCCACAACCGGUUCCACGAUUUCGUUCUACCUGCGCAACAGCUGCUACGACAUGGAAGGUCUGGCGGACAACGGGCUCUGCCUGCAGGAUCUGGUGUCGUCGUCGGCUUCCGACAGCCACAGCCUCCACAAUCUGCACGAUGCGGUGGCACCGGGUGGCCUGGGCGGCGCCAUGUUGGGUCACCAUCACCACGUGCACCACCACGACACCUCGCACCACCACCCCGUGCCCUGUGCGCCCACAGUGCUACACCACGAGCCUCUCGAAAAGCUCAAGCGAG